CAGCAGCUCCACAGCCUCGCGCAAGGCACUGAACUCAACACGACAGCAUCCAGCUCCCCACAACCAACCUCGCAGCAAAGCCAUCUACAUGCUCGAAAUGUCCUCCCACCGCCUCUUCCGCUUCCCAAAGCCGCAAUGGCUCAACAACGCCAACGCGCGCACCUUCGGCGUUUACACCGCAGGCGCCCUCUUCUCCCUCGGCUUCUACAUCCUCAUCGACGCGGCCGCCUACUCCAGGUCCCCGCUCAACGGCUCCGACCCCGCCGUGCACAUCACCUUCGUCGACUGGAUCCCAGGCAUCUGCAGCGCACUGGGCAUGCUGGUCAUAAACUCGAUCGACAAAUCUAGACUGUCCGCCGACUCCUUCAGCUACAGCGGGAACGGGGUGGCGUGGAAGGCGCGGCUGGUGCUGUUCCUAGGGUUCGCGCUGAUGGCGGGCGGGCUCGCGGGCGCGGUUACGGUGCUUGUGCUGAAGUACGUCGUGCCGGAGUACGUGUGGCCGACGCUGUGGAUGGGGACGGCGAAUGUGGUCGCGAAUGGGUGUGUGAUGUUGAGUUCGGUGGUCCUGUGGGUCGCGCAGAACAUGGAAGACGAGUAUACAUACAAUCUGGCGCUUUGAGGACGAGCAUGGCUUACAUGCACAGGGACGACGAGCAGUGAGCUGGAUGGGGUGCGAUUGGAUCUGCCUACUUGGGACCGGAUGGAUUUCCGGGUGAGGUUAUUGCUGUAUAAAUAUCUAACAGGCGUAUAUGGGUUGUCUUUUGCUCACAUUAGUCAUAGUUUGAUUGUAGCGUUGCGAUAUCAAGUCCGUCAAUUCGGUGAGCACGUGUCUACUACGAGAAGCUGAGCGACGUCAUGCAUCGUGAGAAAGUUGGCAGCUGGUUCUUUCGAGCCUGUCAGUACUAUUCUAAUUAGUAGAAAUAUGGAGACCUUUUUUUUGACGAAAGGACCCUUUGUUACAAGGUCGUGCUGGUCUAUGACGGAUGGAUAUUCAGUACGCAGCAGGGAUGAUAGCAAUCAAUGAAGCCUCAUGAG